CGAAGCGACAAGUAGUUGAUAGCAACAUCGGCGAAAACAUCGGCAGGAAAACGCAACUGCACGCGUUGCAGCACCAAAAAAAAAAGAAAGAAAGAAGAAUACCCCCCGAAAAUAUUUUUCAUUUUUAUGUUUAUUUUAACUUGAGGGAAAUUUUUGUUUUCGAAAACAACAACCGAAUACUGAAAACAGACAAUAAAAACGUGUCGCCGUCCGUCAAAGCGAAGCGCUCCCAUGUGCUGCAUUACCAAUUGAAAAAACAUAAACAGCGAGCCCGAGGAGAAAUGGGAAAAUAGAACUGGCCGAUAGAUAAACAGCCACUGCAGGAACGACAUCGAAACCCAAAAAAAAAUUAAAUAUUACGGUCUGCAGUCGAGGGCGAAAGUGAAAGUGAAUAUAUCAGACGAAGGCGGAACGUCUUAUCUGCACCUCUCGGAGUGAAUGCACUCCAACGGAUCCUCGAUUAGGUGCCUAAGCCAGAUCCGAAUCUUAAUAAACAAUCCAAAUCCAUAGCGCUGUUUUUGCACGAAAUCAAAAAUAGAUUGCACAGCUAAGGAAUUCAAGUUCAGUGUCACAGACGAAACCUCACUGCAAUCUGCAAGAUUCGUGUGCGUGGGGUCACCAUCAUCACCAGCGUUUUCGAAGGCGUGAAUUCGAAUUUUGAUACUGUGAUAUUGCAUUGGCCAACAUGACUCAAUCGAAGGAGAAUCCGGAGAAGAGUCGCGAGCUCAUCAGCGAGGAGGGGAUGAAGGAUCUGCUCACCAAACAGCUGGAUAUCGUGGGCAGCGGUGGAGCAUUUGUUUGGGCCAUUUUCUUCCUCUGUGUAACGCCCAAUAUACUAAACGGCUUCCAUGUGUCCUCCUACACACUGCUGGGCCACCUGCCCGAUGAUCAGUGGUGCGGCAUCUCGGACCUGCAGGAUACCAACUGGACACUCACCCAGAAGCGGGAGAUUGCCGAGAAGGGCUUAAAGACCGGAGGAUGCACGGUGUGGGACUGGAACUAUGGCCACCUGGCCAAGAUGUCCUUUGAGGCGGCACUCAAUUACACCAACCACCUGUCGGAGAUCGCUCAGCCGGCUGAGGUGUCCUGCAAGGUGAAGGGUCAACACGUGUUCGCCAAUCCGGAAAGCACCUUCGUCGCGGACUGGGAUCUCACCUGUGACAGGAGCAUCCAGAGAACUUCCGCACAGGUUUCCAUUUCGCUGGGAAAGUUCUGUGGCUCCUUUUCCUUUGGCAUUCUGGCGGACAAAUUUGGUCGCAAAACUUCGUUUACCCUGGGAGCUGCCUUUUUCAUUGUCGGCAGCUUCUUCUGCACCUUCUCGCCCUGGUACAGUCUCUUCCUGGCAGGACGAUUUGCCCUGGGAGCGGCCUCAUCCGGACUGUUCUAUCCUGCCUUCACCAUGAUUGUCGAGAAUAUCUGCUUGAAGCAUCGCUCCUGGAUGUCGAUAGCCUUCUCAGCCUCCUAUCCGGUGGGCAUGAUCAUCCUGGCGGUGGUUGGCUACAUCAUCCAACCGUGGAGGCAUCUGCAAUUGGCCCUGACUAUUCCCUCGCUGUUGCUCAUACUUAACUGCUACUUGAUGAAUGAGUCACCACGCUGGCUGAUCACGAACCAACGAUACGAUCGCGUCUACAAGAUUCUGUUCAGACAACCGAGCCACUACCAAAUUCAGCCCUCAACUGCAGCCUGUGCUCCAGUCGUCACCGAUAAGAAGUCGCUGGAGCCGGAAGUGGGCUCCUCUCUGGGUCAGAGGCUCCGGAAUGGUCCUCUAAAGUCCAUCAUUGAGUUGUACGCUACCUCCAGUGUGCGCAAGAUGAUCUUCGCCUCGUAUUUCAUGUUCUGCGUAACUUCACUGAGUUACUAUGUGACGGCUCUGAAUGCCGCCAAUUUGUCUGUGUCAAGGUAUCUCUACAUCAUUGCAACCGGGCUGGUGGACAUACCCUCCUACCUGGUGCCGGUGAUAAUGCUCAGGUUUACGGGUCGUAGGCUCACCACCAUGUUCCUAUUCCUGUGGACGGGAGUGUCCUUGCUGCUGGUCCUCUCUGUGCCCGGCGGCAGUACCACCUGGAUCGUGGCCUUCGCCAUGCUGGGUCGCUUUGGCAUCAGCGCCACCUACUCGGUGGUGACCCUCUACACGGCCGAGCUGUAUCCCACCCAGAUCCGCAACUCCGCCCUGGGAACCUGCUCGACCUUCGCCCACGUGGGCUCCAUUUCGGCACCAUAUGUGGUCGAUUGCCUGGGAGCCCUGGGCUGGUACAUUCCGACAACGAUCUGCGGCAUCUGCGUUCUAGUAGCUGGCCUGCUGACCCUGACACUUCCGGAAACGGCCACGGGGAAGCUGUCCGACAAAGUGGAUAGCACUCCGGCCUCCGCUCCGGCGGAGCAGCCCGAGAAGCAGUGAUGACAGCAGACUGUCCCGCAUCUAGGCUAAAUCCCAUUUUCACGACUUGAUUUGUCAGAAAUUUAGACAAGGCCUUUUUAAAUUAAAUAGGUGUACGAAAUAACCUAUUUCAUUUUUUUUCUAAAAGACUUUUAAAAAUGUAAUUUUUAAAAUCAAAAAACUACUUUACCUCAGGCUGUUUUUCUCCAUUUGAAGUUUUCAGAAAUGGAUGAAACAUAAUAAUACAUUUAAGUACCUGACUUUGGACAAAACAAUUUUAAGUGAAAAGUUAAGAUCAGUUUUUUAAGUUAAAAUUCUAAGAAAUACAGAAAGACAUGCUGAUAAAUCAAAUGGUGAAAAUGGUUAUGUUAGUUAGUCUAGUACAAAAUUCUAGAUAUAUAUCAAAACGUAGCCUAAGUUCGUUAUUAGUCCGUGCUAUUCCUGCAUUGUUUAAGUAUACAUAUAUUCAUAACUGUUCUGUUUGACAUCGCAUAAUAAAUAUACUAUUUAUACGA